AAUUCGUGUCACGCGCACUGUACGCUGACCCUCGUAUAAGUAUACUUUGGCCUUAAGGGCACGUUUACACAACAACGAUGUACGGAAAUGUUUGUGUUUUUUUGCGUACAGGUGACAACGUUGUCAAAAUGAUCCCCGUUCACACGGAUCCGCGAAAACAAUUAAAAAGGCUGUAUUCUGCUGCCAGGCCAGUAGAUGGUGAUGUUACUUUGUAAAGAAACACUACUCACCUAUAGUCUGAACACAUAAUAUGUAUGUGCAUGACAUCACCGUUUUCACAAAUUCCGUUCGUGUAGUUUACACAGAGACGAUAACGGUAUUAUUUUCAAAAACUUGCACUUUGAAAGUUUGCAUUUUCAGGCCCCCAAAAUGCUGCUGUUGUGUAAAUGAACAACCAAAAUGCAUAAAAAGUUUUCCAUUUUUAGUUGAAAGCGGUGUCGUGUAUACGGCCCCUAAGUCUGUUAAAAUUCAGAAUGGAUUAUGGAGAUUUGAAAUUUCUUGUAUUUAUAGAAAAUAUUUCUCUUCUUUGUGUCAAAAAACAACAGAUUGGCCAAAUCCGUUCUCUCAGCCUGCAGUGGUAAUUUCUAAAACCACUGGUUACCUAAAACUCCAUGGUCUGUUUUCCCAGAUGUUGAUUAAACUUUGUGCUGGAUUAAGCUUGUAGUCCUGGAUUAAAUUGUGCAGUAAUUGGUAAGUCUCCUUUGUGGUGUUGUCUUAAGCGGUCUAUGAGAAAGCAGUCCUAAUAAAAGAGCAAGCUAAUCUGCCUCUUAAAGUUUGACAGCAGAGGCACAGCAGAGUUUCACGGUUGGAGAAGGUGCAAGAUAAGCAUAGUUGAGCGUGCUGCUAGGCAGCCUGGGCGCUGUGGUUUGCCACAAAACAGAUGUGUAUUUAGGAGACCACCCUGCAAUACUGUGAUGCAGGACUGGGGCCUAUAGAUGAGUCAUAGAAGAAGAGAGUUGGGAGAGAGAGGGGUUACUUGCCUUCCAUUACCUGAUUACAGUAAAGAGGCAGUAGUAUUGCAUGGAGAAAAAAGUAUUGCAUACCAUAUUGCAAAAGUUUAAGAGGCCAUUGACUCAAAGAAUGCAGUCAGUCCUGCUGUCAUUGAUUCCAGAUUUACUUGGAACUGCCCUGAUUCCUAAAGGCUUUUUUUUAAGUAUUUUCUAAGGUUUAAGCUAUGCUUAAUUUUAGAGUCAUUGACACAUUUUCAAUGGCCAAUGGCAAAACCAAUAUUUUAAAGAGCAAGGUGAGUGAUAUAUGUGCACUUUUAUAUGAAAACUAAAGAUCAAACAAAAUUACUCACCAUAUUUACUGAAGAUUCAUCAAGAAAAAAAGAAUAUGUUUAGUAAUUAUUCAUUGACAAGGCUGGUGAAAGAUUUUGGAGAUGAAAUAAGUGUAAAAUACCACUCAGUAUUGAUCUAUAAUAAAUUAUAACGUGUACCAAUAGUAGGCUAAAUAUGUUUUGGGAACUGCUGUUAUGGCAAAAUAGCUUUAAUAGCAUUUCAUGGAUGUAUUUACCCAACUUGUGUAUUUAAUUUUUCCUACUACUAAUGAAUAGCAGGCUUUCUUUUGCAAAGUUGUAGAGAAUGAGCAAGUUCUUCAGUUUUUUCUUAGAUAAAGUGGAGAGAGCGAAAGGGGAGAGCAAGAAGGAGAGAAAAGUUUUUUUUUUUUCUUCCUAAAGUUUGAGCUUUCACUUUCUGCCUUCGAGGCGGGGUUAGCGGCGAGAGCAGCAUGGAGUAGGCGAAAGGGGGACGGCGAGCAAUUGCAAUGCAGCAACGCGGCGAACUUCCACUCAACUUCAAAACGCGAUUCAUUUCCCGCCUCUGAGAUAACUAUGUACUCUCCGUACUGCUUGACACAGGAUGAAUUCCAUCCCUUCAUCGAGGCUCUCCUCCCGCACGUGCGGGCUUUCUCCUACACCUGGUUCAACCUGCAGGCCCGCAAGCGCAAGUACUUCAAAAAGCACGAGAAGCGCAUGUCCAAGGACGAGGAGCGCGCCGUCAAAGACGAACUCCUGGGCGAGAAGCCCGAGAUCAAGCAGAAGUGGGCGUCGCGGCUGCUGGCCAAAUUGCGCAAGGACAUCCGGCCGGAGUUCCGCGAAGACUUCGUGCUCACCAUCACGGGGAAGAAGCCGCCGUGCUGCGUGCUGUCCAACCCCGACCAGAAGGGCAAGAUCCGCCGCAUCGACUGCCUGCGGCAGGCCGACAAGGUCUGGCGCCUGGACCUGGUGAUGGUGAUCCUGUUUAAGGGGAGCCCGCUGGAGAGCACGGAUGGAGAGAGGCUGGUCAAGUCCCCGCAGUGCUCCAACCACAGCCUGUGCGUGCAGCCGCACCACAUCGGAGUGUCCGUCAAGGAGCUGGACUUGUACCUGGCCUACUUCGUCCACAUGCCAGAAUCUGGGCAAUCAGACAAUUCCAGUCAACAAGGAGACUCGGACAUCAAACCCCCACCAAACGGACAUCUGAGUUUUCAGGACUGCUUUGUGACUUCAGGGGUGUGGAACGUAGCCGAGCUGGUACGAGUGUCUCAGACCCCAGUUGCAACAGCAUCAGGUCCUAAUUUCUCACUUGCGGAUCUGGAAAGUCCCAGUUACUACAAUAUCAACCAAGUAGCACUCGGCAGACGAUCGCUUGCCUCUCCUCCAUCCACAAGGUCUGAGGUGGAGCUGUACGCCAGUCUUCCUCGGAGCUCUAAUAAGCGUAAGUCUAUAGAUGACAGUGAGAUGGAGAGUCCUGUUGAUGAUGUCUUCUACUCCAGUCGUUCUCCGGCCGGCACCAGCUCCCAGUCCAGUGGCUGGCCAAAUGAUGUUGAUGCAGUUGCAGUACAGCACCAUUUGACGAGUGUUCAAGAGAGGAAGAUAAAACAUGAGAAUGAUGGCGUGCAGUUUCCAUACCAUGGGCUGUCCUCUCCUGGGUCUCUAAAGAAGCCAGCGGGAAAAUUCGAUUUCAGCGCCCUGUCAGCACAGACGAGGUCCCCCCGAAUGGCCUUCACACACCACCCGCUGCCCAUGCUGGCAGGCGUGAGACCAGGGAGUCCGCGUGCCUCAGCCUCUGCCCUUCAUUUCCCUGCUCCCUCCAUCAUCCAGCAGUCCAGUCCAUAUUUCACCCACCCCACCAUCCGCUAUCACCACCAUCAGGACCCGCUCAAAGAGUUCGUCCAGUUCGUCUGUGCUGACGGCUCGGGGCAGCCGGGGGCACAGCCUAACGGGAGCGGUCAGAACAAACUGCCCGGCUCCUUCUUACUGCCACCUCCUCCUCCUCCGGUAGCGCGGCCGGUGCCGAUGCCCCUCCCCCUGCCCGAGCACAAACCCAGCCACACACACCCCGAGAGCGGAGUCGGCUCCCCGGCCUCGCCCUCAGCAUACCCAGCGCCAGGCUCCACAGCUUCCAACAGGUUUGUCGGCAUCGGAUCACGGGACAACAACUUUCUGAACAUCCCACAGCAGACUCAGUCAUGGUUCCUUUGACAAGACUUUUCAUGAACACACAGACAAAAAUCCACAAUGAAAACUGGAAGUGGAGUCACGAAGCUAAGUAUGGAACUUUCCCACAUGCCCCCCUGUAAAGUCUCACUCACACACAAACACACACACACACACACACACACACAAAUACACACACAAUUCCCAAAAACCUGGCAAAUCUGGAAAACCUCAGCAUUACCCUGCCAGUCUGGAGAGCUCGGAGAACCAUCCAAACCAUCCAAAGCAAUGACGAACCAGCUCUCGACAUCUUUGUCGUGUUCCUGAGGCAUCCAGCACACUGACCAAUCCUGUUGACCUUUUUUUAAUUUGUUCAUACAUCCGCCAGUCAUACGCCAUGGUGAGGAAAAUCCAUCUCUUCCCAGUCAGAACUCUAUUUGGAAGUUGAACUCAUUGAAAAGGGAUAUUUGAAAUGGAAAUGGAACCUGGAUGAUGUCAAUCAUGGAUGCGUGUGAUUGGAUGGAGAGACUCGGCAGGAGCCCUCUGAUUGGCUCCGGAUUUGCUGAUCUUGAUGACGGCCUCCAGUGCAGUGUGAACUCGACAUCCUCUCGCUGUUUACCCGUUGACAAGCAAUAGACUGUGAGCGAAACAACAGAUAACACUAACCGUGUGCAAUUCACCUAAACGUAUGCACUAUAUGAUUAAUGAAAAGGGUUGACAGAUGCUUUGGCCUUAGAUUUGCGACGUGGAGUCAGGCUACAUGUGUCUAAGGUAAAACACACACAGAUGUGUACCAGCAGAGCAAUAGAACACAAACACACCGCACUACACCGAGACGCACAUCACAGCAUCGUAUAGACCGCUGAUCACAGGAGUGGGAAGGGUCAAGCACGAGUGAACUUAAUGUCCAGCUUGUGACUCAAAGAUAAUUUUUCAUUUUGUAGUGUUUAUGAAUUAAGAGGCCAGUGAUUUGGGUCAUUAAAUUGAUUCGAAUGAACUAGAGGGUUUUGGCGCAUCCAUCGCUGACCUCUUUACUACCAUCGAUCAGUCUGAGUGGUUGUGCAUCAGUAUCUUACAGUCGGCCCUGAACACAAGGGCUUCUUCUUCUUUACUUUGAGUUUGGUUUUGCAGUACAUUUUUUGGUGGAUGUCACAAAAUCUUUCCAUGUCAUGUUUCACCCCGAAACCAAAUGAAAAAAUAAAAGAAAUAAUAUAUAUUAAAAAAAUAAGAAGAAGAAAUAUGAUGAUUUGAAAUAAGCUUAUUUAAUGAAUAAAUAAUCAGUAUAAUUUUAAUGUGAAAUUAUUUUCAUAAUAAUUAAGUCUGAUAAAUUAAACCUAAUUCUCAUUACCGUGUUGUAAUGCAAAA